GCAGUGUGAUGAGGCGCUGUCGCCACACUCUGUGACGAGUCACUGCCGGUGUCUCUUAUAAACAUGGGACUUCUCUAGCGCAGGACUCCACUGCUGCCACCAUGCCUCGGCCGGACCGUCGUCCCUCUCUCCACCCUUGAUGCCAUCGGAGCGGCCAGAGGCUGCACGGGGCAGUGAGGUCCGUCUUGAGGAUGGGGAACAUCACGCGAGGUGCGAGUUCCACGGGCCAAGUCAACACAGACAGCUCUGUGAAAGGUUUAGAGGAUGACGUGGUGGUGGUUCUUAAGGAUUACCCGUCCUCUGACAUCAGCGAGCCCAUCUACAGGAUGGGGGAGAAGCUCAGACUCAUCGCUAAGGAGGCUUAUUGGUGGAAAGUACGCUGUGUCCGAACACAAAAUGAGAACUACAUACCCCAAAGCCACGCGGCAAAGGUAUACCACGGUUGGCUGUAUGAGGGGGUUGACAGGCAGAAGGCCGAAGAGCUGCUCGCUCUACCUGGGAACAGAGUGGGCUCCUUCAUGGUACGGGAGAACACCAGGGAAAGAGGUCUGUAUUCACUCUCAGUGAAACACAGGGUUGUAAAGCACUAUCGUAUCUUCAGACUGGACAACAGCUGGUACUACAUCUCCCCUCGCCUCACUUUCCAGUGUCUUGAAGAUAUGAUCAACCACUACUGUGACUUUGCAGAUGGCCUCUGUUGCGCAUUGACCACCCCCUGUCUGUCAGAAAUGACCCCACCGUCAGACGCACCUCCUGGACCUCCACCUGUAGUCAUGCGACGGAACUUUGACUGGAAGAAAAUAGACAGGAGACAGCUGGUCAGCACAGACAGCGGCAGUGAAAACGCGGUGAGCUACGGGGUCAGAAACAGCAUCGCCGCCUACCUCUCCUUCUCCGGGAAUCAGAACGCGGCGCGGGCCAGAGCAGAAAGCAGGAAGAAGAAGAGCAAAUCUGUUUACACUGUCCCCGAAAGCGCCCUCGGAAACAUUGACUAUGAAGAGGACUUCUAGGGGGAGCGAGUGGGACGCCUUCAGCACAUCCUUCUCUCGGAUCCACCACUUCUCUGAUGCCUGCAGUGGGUCUAAAUUUGUGCUCACGCAUCCCAAACACUGCAGCGUGUUACUUUCUAAUGCGAGAAGUACUUUAAAGAUGGAUCAGAUGGCUCGAGCACUUGCGCUUUGACUCUAGCUAAUAGAACGGAUCUCAAUGGAAUUGGAACUGGACGGCGGUACAAUGAACUCUAAUGUGUAUUCUGCACAUGGAUAUUGUUUGGUAACAUGAGUAUUAGUGGCUCUCAAACUAUUUUCAAGUGUUCUUAAUAAAUGUGAAAUGGUUGAAUGGUUGUGACCCCGAUUAUUGUUUGUUGUAGGAAGCAGUAAUGGCAUUGUUUUCGGUCUCCACCAACUCCAGAGGUAAAUACCUAGCAGUUUAUCUACUGAAUGCUGCAUUAUGUUCACCUGUCGUUAACCUUGGUUUGCGGCCUAGUGAUGGGCUCGUAGGGCAAAGUUUUACCAGAGAGCUUUCAUCAGAAACAGCCGCCCGCUGAAAUGAGCCACAAGGGGGAAGACGGAAACAAACCAUGAGCUAAAAGUCACUAAAACGCUCCGUAGAUCUAGUGGGAACCGGAAAGCGGGUGAUAUGACCUCAGUGCGUUUUUCAUCGUGACAUCGUGUUCGCAUUAAAGAGCUUGCGAUAAGUGCAACUUUACGUCUAAAACGUUUGGUGUUAGAGAAGAAGUAACUGUUAGAUUUGAGAUGUUUUGUUGAACUUCCUCUAUCCAGCUAUGUCUAUUCUUGCCAAAUAUAGAUUCUCUCUGAGAAAGAUGGCAUCUUUGAUGAAGGAAUGCAAACAGUACACAUUUAUCACCUCUGCAGAUUACUUAUUUGUGCAAGAAACAUCCAAAAUGACACUUCCGUCUUACACUUUUUUUGUUUGUGCCUGAGCAACUUCCUCUUGCGUAUCGAGGGAAGUUGACCAUAACCUUUUUAACAGCUAACCCCAAAGAAACUGCGAAUACAAAGUUGAGAGCUGCAUUGUUGUUAUCUAUAUCUUUCUGCUCUUUGCUGGUACAUCUGAGUCAGACAGCAGAAGCACAGCAGACUCAGUUAGUCAGUGAGGAAGUGUCCAUAAAUUUCUGUUCUACAGCACAAAAAAUGUGUUUGGAGGCACUGUUUGAGAGAGCUUCUGAAAUGGCCAUCAACACUUACCAUCAGUUAACAUGGCUAAAGUGUUUUAAAUGUCUAGUAAAUUCCUAGAAUGGGUCUGUUGUCUUUGACCGGUUUAUUUCAAAGUUAAUGAUAAUCUCCAAAGUUGGCAUCUGUGAAAAAUCUAACUUUGUGUGUGACUAAGCUCAGCACUUUCUUCUUAAAAAGCAGGUUGAUUUAACACACGUGUUUCCUUGUUUUUAAGUCUCGUAAAAUGCUUGUAAUGGAUUGGGAGAAAAGUGGGGUAACGUACACACAUCCGGUGGCCUACUGAUGCACCAUGCAGAGACUGCUGUGCAGUCAGCAUUACUCACUCCUCACAUCAGCCU